UCUAGUCAUCGUUCAUCAUGGUUUCUGAUUGUUCAUGAUGAUUGUGUGUUGUGAAUAAUUUUAUUAUGAUUGACUGAUCAUUCCUCAAUUAGUACCGCAAACUGACUGAACAUUAUAGAAAAAUGACGUUAUAUCACUUCGGAAACUGUUUAGCUUUAGUAUAUGUACCUUAUCACUUAACUUACAAAUAUUCCGGUCUAUCAGAAUAUGGUGCAUUUUGGAAAUGCAUUCAAGCAGGUGGAAUUUAUAUUUUUACACAGCUUGUAAAAAUGCUGGCUCUUGCCACAUUUUUCCCAACAGCUGACAAUGUUGGGGAAGAAGGUUUUGAUAUCUUUGGAGAAUUUUUGAAGUCUUCCAUUGACUUAGCAGACUUGGUAGGAUUUUUGCUGGUAUUAAAUAGUAUUCCAGGUAAAGGUCAUGCCAAAGUUUUAACCGCUGGUAUAGGAUGGGCGGGAGCAGAAGUAUUACUUACAAGAUUCCUAUUACUUUGGGUUGGUGCACGUGGCGCAGAAUUUGAUUGGAAAUAUAUCCAAAAGAGUCUUGAAUCAAAUAUCAACUUGGUACAACAUAUAACAACUGCAACAUUGGUUUGGUUAUGGUCCAGACACGAUUUACGACGCGGUUUAUUUCCUAUAGUAAUUGGUAUGCUUCUACUGACAGUAUACAGGUCGCUUGUGUUUGACUUCCUUUCAUCACUUUUAUUAGCUGGUCCAUGGUUGACACUUAUUAUUAAGGCAGUUACCACUUUCUUCAUGGGUGCAAUGACAUUACAUAUUUAUGCAGGUCUUGCACAUUCAAUUGGAAUUUUCUGAAUAAUCUGUACAAAUUAAUUAUGAAACAUUUGUGUUAAAAUCUCCCAUUCCAUUCUCCCAUAAUAUACUAUGUACAUUGUACAAUAAAUACUUUUAUGUGUUUAUGUUAUA